AUGCGAGUCCUACUUCCUUUCGGCCACCUGCUGCGCAGAUUUCUACUUGCCGGUUUGAUAGCGACCAUCCUCACCUCAGCGUAUCUCGACGCGUUUUUACGCGGCCUGCACUCGAACCUGUUCCGAAGGAGCCUUCCAGGAUCUCUUGCAACAGCGCCUCAAGGCGCGGUAGGCUACUAUCAGCCACCCCCAGGUCCUGCUGUCACCUAUCCCUACCGGGUCUUAACAACUUCCGCACCAUCAAAUGAAGAAACGGCGGCAACGGCAGUAACCGGUACGAGUAUACCGACAGAAAUCAAACAAGGAUCAUCGAAAGAUGGAAGUAAUGGCACAAACGAGCCAAGGAAGAACAUUGCGAUCAUGUCGGGGACGGUGACUGGAACACAGGUGAUCAUGGAAGCAACACAAGCUGCGACGGCAAAUAAGGAUUAG